AUGGAUCCGGAAGAGAAGACCCCUGAUCAUGUAAUCAAUGGUAUCCUCGAAAUUCUUCUUAACAAGGCCAAUCAUCCGAUCCUUAUUCAUUGCAACAAGGGAAAGCAUCGUACUGGCUGCGUAGUGGCCUGCUUCCGAAAGGUCCAAGGUUGGAACUUGCGCGAUGUUCUUGACGAAUAUUUAAGUUAUUCCUGGCCAAAAUCUAGAGCUCUAGAUGAAAGGUUUAUCGGAGCGUUCGAUGCAACCAAACUCGACCAGGUGGCUAAGGAGUCUGGUGCCAAACUGUGGAAACCCACCGGUAGCCACAGGAAUCCGGAGCCCUAUAUGUUGCGUUCCACAUUUUGA